GGUUGCUUUGGCGCCCCCUAUGGACAGCUGCUGACUUCACAUCCUGUUGACCGAACGUGUCGCUGUUGUCUCCUUAAAACCAUCCGACAAACAGCACUCAAAAUGGCAUUUACCUCUCAAGGCACAAAGAAAAAAGUUUGCUACUACUAUGAUGGUGAUGUUGGAAAUUACUACUAUGGCCAGGGCCAUCCCAUGAAGCCUCACCGAAUCCGCAUGACGCACAACCUGCUGCUCAACUAUGGUCUCUACAGAAAGAUGGAGAUAUAUCGUCCACAUAAAGCCAGCGGGGAGGAGAUGACCAAGUAUCACAGUGAUGAUUACAUCCGGUUCCUGCGCUCCAUUAGGCCGGACAACAUGUCAGAAUACAGCAAACAGAUGCAGAGAUUUAAUGUUGGUGAGGACUGUCCAGUCUUUGAUGGUUUGUUUGAGUUCUGCCAGCUGUCUGCAGGCGGAUCCGUCGCCGGCGCCGUGAAGCUGAACAAACAGCAGACGGACAUCGCCAUCAACUGGGCCGGGGGGCUUCAUCACGCCAAAAAGUCAGAAGCGUCUGGAUUUUGCUACGUUAACGACAUCGUCUUGGCUAUCCUGGAGUUACUGAAAUACCAUCAGCGAGUUCUGUAUAUAGAUAUUGAUAUCCAUCAUGGAGAUGGUGUGGAGGAGGCUUUCUACACCACAGACCGGGUUAUGACUGUGUCCUUCCAUAAGUACGGAGAAUACUUCCCAGGCACUGGUGACCUACGGGACAUUGGUGCAGGAAAGGGUAAAUAUUAUGCUGUAAAUUAUCCACUGAGGGAUGGGAUUGAUGAUGAGUCCUAUGAAGCCAUUUUCAAACCUAUCAUGGCGAAGGUCAUGGAGAUGUACCAGCCCAGUGCGGUGGUCCUCCAGUGUGGAGCCGACUCUCUGUCAGGGGACAGACUUGGCUGCUUCAACCUCACUAUUAAAGGUCAUGCUAAGUGUGUCGAGUACAUAAAAAGCUUCAACCUGCCGCUGCUGAUGCUGGGAGGAGGUGGCUACACCAUCCGAAAUGUGGCACGCUGCUGGACAUUCGAGACGGCCGUGGCUCUGGAUAGCUCCAUCCCCAACGAGCUGCCAUACAAUGACUACUUUGAGUAUUUCGGACCAGACUUCAAGUUGCACAUCAGCCCAUCCAACAUGACCAAUCAGAACACCAAUGACUACCUGGAGAAGAUCAAGCAGCGUUUGUUUGAGAACCUGCGAAUGUUGCCUCAUGCCCCUGGAGUCCAGAUGCAAGCCAUCCCAGAGGACGCUGUGCAGGAGGACAGCGGCGACGAAGACGAUGAUCAAAACAAGCGCAUAUCAAUCCGUGCUCACGACAAAAGGAUAGCAUGUGAGGAAGAGUUCUCAGACUCAGAGGACGAAGGUGAAGGAGGUCGCAGGAAUACAGCCAGCUACAAAAAAGCUAAGAGGACCAAGACUGAAGGAGAGAAGGAGGCAGAAGAGAAGAAGAAAGGUACAGAGGAAACAAAAGAGGUAAAAGAAGAAGAAAAGGUACCAGAGGAGGAAAAAAUGGACACAUCAAAGCCAGAUGAGGAGCCCAAGACUCCCUGAGGCCCUGAGCUCCCAGGAAUGCAAGUACAUCAAAGCUGAUCUUAAAGUGGCUUUUUCUUUUUUUUCCUCAAAGAUCUUUUCCGACUGUUUCAGUGAAAGUUGGGACUGUAUAUUUUAAUGAAAAUGUUUUAUUAGCUUUUUUUGUUUAAGAAAUUCUUUUCAGUUUGAACACAGAAAAUGUGUUUAAGUAUUUUUUGUAUGAGUUUCUUUUUAAUUACUAUAUGUACUUUGCCAGUUGUGAAAACAUCUGUACAAACAGCUUAGCAUGUGUCUUUUUUUACUGUGUACCUGGAUCUUAUUUAACUCCGACAUUUUUCACACCUGAUGUGUUUUGGUUAUGUGCCUUUGGAUUGGUAGAAGAAAAACGUAGAAAUAUUAGAUCCCUUUCUGGAAAACACGGAGCUGAUCCUUUCCGCCAAAACCACAUAUUCAUUUUUAAGAAGUUCUUUGUUUUUCCCAGGAAUUAGUAAUUGACUUUUUUGUUUUUUUUUU